CAGUACGAUACCAAAAAAAUAGUUUUAAAAAGGCGUUCGCUGAACAUGAAAAAAGGUUCGAUGAUGCUAGAGUUCAGAGUUGGAAGACUGCCUUGAAUCAAACUGCCGGGCUAAGCGGUUUUCAUUUGAAGAUCGACCAGGAUGAAUCUAAGUUUAUCCAGAAGAUUGUUCAAAAGGUCUCAACAAGCUUACCAAAUCGUUUUCACUUGGAUGUGGCCGAGUAUCCAGUGGGAAUAGAGUCUCGUGAAGACUAUAUUAAAGAGAAGCUAUUAUGUAUUGAGGAGAAUGACGUACGCAUGAUAGGGAUUCACGGUAUUGGUGGAAUUGGUAAAACAACUAUUGCAAAACAUAUGUAUAACCUCAUUGCUGAGAAGUUUGAAGGCCGUUGUUUUCUUGCUGAUGUUAGAGAAUCUUCAAAGCAAAAUCGAGGUCGUCUCAGACAAUUGCAAGAGAAAAUUCUUUCUAACAUUCUAGGAAAGUCACAAAGGGUUGAUGAUGAUGAUCAUGGAAUGGGAUUGAUAAGGGAUAUACUUUGCCGUAAAAAAAUUCUUUUGGUUCUUGAUGAUGUUGAUCGUAUGGACCAAUUAAAAAAAUUAUGUGGAAAAUGUGAUUGGUUUGGUCCUGGGAGUCGAAUCAUCAUAACAACAAGGGAUACAAGUUUGCUAACUAACCAUAAAGUGAGUUUGAAUUAUCCUAUGAAGGAAAUGAAAUGAAAGGCGAUGAAGCCCGUCAACUCUUUACCUGGAAUGCCUUCAAAAGUACUGACAAACCGAUUGAUGGUUUUGCGGAUCUCAUAGAUGAAGCACUACAGUAUGCUGGUGGCCUUCCACUUGCUUUAAAGGUGGUAGGCUCAAAUCUAUACGGACAAGAUAGAAAAUAUUGGAAAAGCGAAUUGGAAAAGUACAAAAGAAUUCCAGAAAAAGAUAUCCAGGAAAAACUCAAAGUAAGUUAUGAUGGAUUAGAUGAGUCUACAAAAAGUAUUUUCCUUGACAUUGCAUGUUUCUUCAAAAGAAACAAGAAAAAAGAUGUCACUAAAAUACUAGAUGGUUGUGAUUUCUUUCCCGAUUCCGGUAUCAAAAUGCUCAAUGAUAAAUGUCUCAUAACGAUUGAAGAUGACCGACUGAUGAUGCAUGACUUACUAGCAGAUAUGGGUAGAGAAAUUAUCCGACAAGAAUCACCCAAAAAAUCUGGCAAGCGCAGUAGAUUAUACUUUCACGAAGAUGUCCGCGAUAUACUUGAAGAAAAUAAGGGAACUGGGCAAAUUGAAGGCAUAUUGAUAGAUCUGCCUCAGGAGGACUGCUUGAUACGUUUGGGUCCUAAGGUGUUUGCAAAAAUGAAAAGCCUCAGAAUAUUAAAAAUUACAUGCUGCAGGGGGAUCUUUCGUGACGGAUUGAACUAUCUCUCUAAUGAGUUAAGAGUUCUUGAUUGGCUUGGUUGCUCUUUGGAGUUUUUGCCAUCUUCUUUUCAUGGAAAGAAACUCAUUGUUUUAAAUAUAAGAGGAGGCAAUAUUAGUAGUUUGGGAACGGGAUUGCAAUCUAAGAAAUUGAGACGUAUAGAUCUCAGUUACUGUCGAUACUUGACAUAUAUACCGGAUCUUUCAAGUUGCCCAAAUCUAGAGGAGUUGGUUUUUGAUGGAUGUAUAAGAUUAGCUGAGGUUGAUGAUUCUGUUGGAGUUUUGGAGAAGCUUGUUGAAUUGAGAUUGAAAGGAUGUUCCAAUUUCAAGAUGUUGCCAAGAAGCUUCAAGUUGGGAUCUCUAGAAUUACUUGAACUUGAAGGUUGUACAAGUCUUGAAAAAUUUCCUGAAAUUCUGUGUGAAAUGAAACAUUUAAAGUGUGUCAAGGUAGAAAGCACUGUAAUACAGGAGCUACCUUCAUCCAUUACAUUCCUCACUGGGCUCAAACAGUUAUAUAUGUAUGGGUGCAAAAGCCUUGUGCGUCUUCCAAAUAACAUUUUUAAGGUGGAAUGUCUAGAGGGUGUUACAGUCAGUAAAAGUCCAAAUUAUGUAAAUUUUGGACAGGAGGUGGGGCAUAAUGGACAAUCCAUGCAAUGUACACAGGAAAAUGAAAUUUCAUCAAGUAUGGAAUCGCUCCCAUUGACGCCUCAAGAAUCAAAUAAUUUAUCUUGGACAUCUAAUUUCUCAUCCAAUUUGAGGUAUUUAAACCUAGAUGGUAGUGGUAUUAUUAGACUUCCUCCAUCCACAAAAGAAUUUGUUGGAUUGUCUCGCCUCAGUUUGAAGGAUUGUAAGCAACUUGAAGAAAUUCAAUACCUUCCACCAAAUAUAGAAUAUGUAGAGGCUCAAGGAUGCUGGUUAUUGGAAUGCUUUCCUCAUGUAUCAACAGAAUUUUCAUUCGGUACAACCGAAUUAAAACGGCUAAGCUGGAUUGACUUAUCGGAGUGCAAUAAAGUGCAUGUGAAUGUGGGGAAUCUUGCGCCAGAUCCAUUAUUGGUUCAGGAACGCUUUCGGGAGAAAUAUUCAAGUAUGAUUAUAUAUCCAGGAAGUAGGAUUCCAGAGUGGUUCAAGUAUUGCAAGGAGAAUACUUCAUAUACUAAUUUUAUUGAAAUAGAAAUUGAUCGUAAUGCGUCCAUGUGUUCUCGGCAUCAGAUCAUGGCAUUAGUUUUGUGUUUUGUUGUGGGACCUCUUCCAGCAUGGACUUUGUAUGGUUUUACUAUCUCAAUAAACGGCCAGCGGAUUGGAAACGAUGAUACGCGGUUAUGGGAUUCAAUGGACCCACAUCGUGUAUGUCUAAAAUACAUAGCUGGAAAUUCUAUUGAUGCGAUUCUGUCAAGAAGUUACAGGGAGGGGAACAAUAAUUUGAGGUUUACAUUUGAAAGUGAUUCAGAGAGAGCAAUCUUAAAAAGUGCUGGAGUCGAUCUAAUAUACGGGAAUGACAAUCCUAUUCAACUUUCAAAUAGAUACCCGCGAGAUGAUGGUGAGCAUGACUUGGAACCCGAUUGGAACCCACAAUAGAAGAGGCGGGGAUCUUCAACCAGCUCUAGCAUUAUGGAAAUUCAAAGAGGCUAUGGAUGAUUUAAUUAAUAAAGAAUUUUAGACUUGGUUAUUCAUUCACAGGCUGUCUUAGUGCUUGAUUUGGGCAACUUUGACCUUCCCUUUUUAGCCCCCCAAAACUCAAAUAUUUCAAGAAAUCACUGUUGUUCUCCUUCCUAUACAUAAACCCUAGCUGCAGGCCUCUCUUCAGUGAUCUUGUUUUAUCAUCAACUUCAAUUGCAUUAUCUCAUGGUGACUUGUGAAUAAGCUUCCAUUGAUAUUCCAUGUAUCUUAGAAAACAUUUUCAUGGGAAAUUAGUACUCUUUUAAAGGAUGCUUGUGGAAUUUGCAGCAAAGUAAUCUCCUCGACCACUCUACUGGAAUUCCAGUACAUAUAUACAUAACAUUACCAGGAAUAUUGAAACACGUUCAAGGCCUCAAAGUCUAUGUUUUUAGACCAAGACUAGAUCUGUAAAGGGAGAUUUAAGUGCCUUGAAAACUAUUUUUUAUAGACCUGAUGACCAUAAGAAGGCUUUCUAUGAAACUAUGAUGACCUCUUACCAUAUUGGAAAGGAUGUUGGAUGAAUUGUUAUACUAGGCAUUAGAAGGUCACCAUUAAAAGGCUGAAACUAAUGACCAAAUUUAUGUGUGGAGCGAAGAAAGUUGUGUUUAUUCUUCACAGAGUUAUCAGAAAAUGGCUGCUUCUAACAAACUCUUAAGGAAAUUUAGAGCUAUGUGGAAAGCCUAUGGGUAAUUGUGACGAAGGCUCAAUUCCAAGUAUCCUAGUGAUUGUUAUACUUGCAACAAUGGCAACAAUCGGCAUAGGUAUAGUGGUCUUCAUCAACCACAAGAGGCAACCAUCUUUAUUGACAAAGGCUCCAGUACAGCCAACAAACUUGCAAAAGAAAUCAGGCAUAAAGGAAUCGAACAAAUCAGGGCAAGACUCAACAAACCGCAGUGGAAAUAUCCAGAAAGUUGAGAAUGUGAAGCUGAACUUUGUCAGGGAAGAUAGGGAGAGGUUUGAUACGCAGGAAUUGCUUAAAGCCUCAGCUGAGAUAUUGGGCAGUGGAUCCUUUGGGUCUUCUUACAAGGCUGCCUUGCACAAUGGACAGGUGAUGGUUGUGAAGCGGUUCAAACAAAUGAAUAAUUUGGGGAAAGAGGAGUUUCAAGAGCAUAUGAGCAAGUUAGGGAGGUUGAGACACCCGAAUCUGCUUCCUCUGGUGGCUUACUACUAUAGGAAGGAAGAGAAGCUCUUGGCAUUUGACUGUGCAGAAGGCCAGCUUGGCCGUUCAUCUACAUGAGACACAGCAUGCAUGCAAUCUUGGAGAGUCGGAUGGGCAUAGUUCGCAAAAGGAUACCAAUAAGCAUUCAGUCUUGAAGUGGUGCUGCUCAUCACUUCCACCACUCACUAAGUUUUUCCUUGGCUCCUUAAUUCUUGGUGGCUCAAAAUCAGUCGGCAGUUCCUCCUCUGUCUGCAAAUGGCAAAAUCAUUCUAGACCACCUCAAGAGGUAGCACAACCACCAUACAAGCCACCAAAGCAGCAGGAAUUGAAGUUAGGAAAUGAAUCAAAGUUGCGGAAGGAAUCAAAGAAGGGAAAGAAUUGUAACCAUAACAAACUUCAACGGUGAAGAGAUUGAAGGACAUGAUUGCAUCUGAUAGUUGUUUAUGGGGUAUUUCUUUCAGUUCACUUAUCUGAGAUCUAGUGAGGGGUUGCAGUUUUUCGGGAUCAAGAUUGGUUUUUUUAAAGUUUUGUGAUCGUAAAGUUUGGAUCACGUAUGGUUUUUGUGCCUUUCUAAACGACGUUAAUUUCCAAGGUUAAGAUCAUUAGGUACUAAUUCAUACUUUCAUGAAUUAUAAAUACGGAUUUUUGGCAGACAAUUGUGGGACGGAAAGAGAAAAAUUUGCCUUUGAGUUGCUGGUUUUUCACUGUUUGAACUGUAUAGCAAGUUGUGGCUUGAUUUCUCAUGAUUGGGAACAUUCAUGGUGGACAAGACAAUUGGUGAAUUGUAACAAUUUAUUGCUCAUUAUGACGUAACCAGGAUGUUGUUCUUUUUGGUAUAACCUGGAAGUUGCCUUU